CAGCGGUGGAUCUCCGGACAAACCUCCCAAAAAAGUACAAGAGCAUAUGCCAGAGGUUUGAGAGAGGGUAUUCGCGGAAACUGAUCGCAACUGUCCGGUGCAUCUUACAGGUACUGUUGUAUACAUGGUUCGAAGCCGGAGGGUUCCAUUGGCUCUUCCAGACUCUUUGCGCAGCGUCCCAAUAGAAAGGUGGCUCACAUCCUGUUGUUGGGCCCGUCGAAGGAAAGAGAAUGCGUACAUUGUUUCAGGUCUUUGUUUCGAGUUUCCGUCUGAGGUAUGUCGCUCCAUAAGUAGAACAUUCACGCUGCAAGCCCACGGUCCCUGUCCAUUCCCUAUGAACAGAUGUUGUGCGUUGGGUCUGGUAGUCUCGGAGAAAAACUGGUUCCCUGCUCGGCGAGCCAAAGCAGGCACUGUCUAUACACCCGACGACACUCGAAAGCGUGCAAUCGCGCUAAUCCUUGUUCCUCUCAUUUCAAAGCACUAUGGCCAACGACAGUUGCCAGCCGUCUCCGUCCGGCGCUGAAGCGAUGGUCCAUAGUGCAGCGGAGGUCACCGAUGCCAGUGCCAUGCCUCAAGAUGCGUGCGACCCUAGAGGUUGUUGCGAUUCUAGGCGCUCUUUUGUUUCUGCAACCGCUCCUCUUGCUUCCGGAGGUAAUCCUCGACGCGUAACCGGUACUGUUGUGGAAGAUGCUGAUUCGGACUGUAGGGCUAACGUAAGUGCGCUUAUGCUGACCAAAAAGCCGGCUCAGACACAUCGGGUGUACCGGAAACGGUUCUACUUCGUUCGCCAUAGCCAGUCCCAGAAUAAUGCAGUGAGUUUGAACGAUCAGGCUCCAGUGCUGAACCUUGCGGUUCCUUCCAACUACCCAAGUACCGCCGCGAACAAAAGACCAGGAGAAUCUCCAAGUCCUUGUGCGGCGGAAGAGCCGCGCAAGCACCGUCGCUGUUCGACGAUGCCCUUUAGGUCGCAGCAGCGUUCGUGUUCAGUGAAGACCGAAACAAGCGGUGCAACAGCCGCGGACACUGUUCUCAGGCGCGUACCUGAUCCACCAAUCACGGAACUGGGCAGAACGCAGGCCGUUCAAGCAGCCCGCUGGGUGCAGGAGCAUGUCCGCCAGGUUUUGCAGCGACCUCAGCGUCGACAAAGAGAUGACGAGGAACGAAUCGUGCAGUCACCUGAAGUGACGAGAAUUGUCUGUUCACCGAUGCGGCGCUCUGUCGAGACAGCUUGUGAAAUCAGCAAGGUCCUUCAAGCUGAAGUCUACAUCCUUCCUCUGCUUUUCGAGCAAGGCGGCCUUUUCCGGGGGCCGCGGAAAUUCCGCGCCGGCUGCCGCUUUUCAGUCGGAGACAGCGGCUCCACAUCCAGCGGAACCACGAUUUUGGACCCCACCGAAAGUGACCUCUCUCAGAAGCAAGUCAGACAACACGAUGGCAGUGACCAGGAGACACUCAUGGACCCCGGGCGGAAUGAGAGAAGUCUCCAAGAAUUCAGGACAGACGACGGUCUCGGCAGUGGUGAUGCAUCUUUUGGCAUGACGCUCGAGGAAAUCCUUGAGGUUAUCCCCCAUGCCAAAGUGAUUCGUGUGUCUGUCGCGAACGGCGGAAACUGUCAUGGGUCGCAACCCAAAUCACAGGUGCAAGAUAUCAGGUCUGAACGCGAUGUUCGUGCGCAUGCAACUACCUCAAGAGCGCAGAACUCACUUGAGCGCAAUGGAGAGCCACGAUCGAUUGACUCGUCGUGUUUCAGAGAAAAAGACCGAGAAGGAAGCGUUGGCGGGGGUUACUGCCCCGAUUGGCCUGAUGCAAGGCGACAACCAUGGUGGAAAGGCGGCAGGGAAACGCUUAUCCAGACCGUUGAACGAGCGCGACAGGUGAUUCUGUGGAUGGAAGAUCAGUGCAUGCAAGCGGAGGAGAUAGGCGGCAGUAUCUUGAUGGUAAUGCAUGGCUUGAUGAUGGAUUUGCUGGUGAAAGCCUUGUUCUUCCCUUUUCCUUCUCGGGACUCGCCAGCGCCAUAUCUUGAUUUGCUUCUCGAGUUUCUGCGGCAUGAAGAGGCUGUUUCGGGGGUCCCGAUCUACAACUUGCCCCAACAAGCAGCAUAUUUCCCGUCGAACAACUGCUCCUUCUGUUGUAUUGAACUGGCUGUAAGACCUAUGCAUCAACGAAUUUGUGGACAAAUGUCACUAGAAAACAAAGGUUGCACUCCCAGCCCAAAGAAAAACGGGAUGCAUCUCCGGCAGCCGCAGCGUCUCUCUGCGAAAAAGGAGUCGUUGGAAGAAGAGGCAGGACGACUCCACGGUGACGCAGUGCUGCGUGGAGAAAACUGUCAAACCACAAAUGACAAUGUUUCGCGCGAAUCGCGCGAGCGUGAAGGAGUGCGGCUGAGCUUCUGUGCGAAUCAAGAGCCCAGGCUUGUCGCUGCAUUGGUACAGUGGAAUACGCAGGCUGUCGAGCCUCAGCUAUAUACAGGACAUACCUUGGGUGCGUCUGUGCUUAUGUCUAUAUAACAUCCAUGUUUGCCUGUGCCCGCUGGGAGUGCCUAGAGCCGCCAUAAAACGUGAAACCUAUCCACGUGCACAUGUCAGACUGUGUCAAUGGACUUGUCUCAAUCCGUAAAGCCUGCCACCGUGGCGUGUCAAGUGCAGAUACAAGGGGAAACGGCAGGCUGAAAAGAUUAGUUUGUUUUGCUAAUCGGAGCAAUUCUGCGACACUACUGUACCAUUGGCAACUACCAAACUCCCUCGUCAACCAGAUGAUAGAG